UUUUGGUUUUAAUUGGCUACUAUUUUAGAAAUGAGUAUUUUUGCACUCCGCGUGUUUUGGGGGAUUCUGCUCUGUGCACCAUGCCGGUGCUCGGAGUGUCCUCUGGGCUGUGAGUGUUUCGCCGUUUCCCACACAGUGAAGUGUGUUUCUAAGGAUCUGCACUCGGUGCCACAAAACCUGCCAGGAUACGUCCGGACUGUCAUCAUCACCGGGAAUGAUAUACACCAGAUCGGACCCGACUCGUUUGCGCAGCUGGAGAAUGUCACAAAUGUUAUUUUGAGCAAUAACAGCAUUACAGAGAUGGCGUCCCAUACCUUCUCUUCCCUCGCCAACCUGCGGUUCCUGGACCUGAGCGGGAACCGGCUGGCCCUCAUCCACCCGGAGGCUCUGUACAUCCCCGGCAGUCCUCUGCAGGAGCUCAACCUCAGCCGCUCGCUCUUCAACUUCACCGCCCUGACCGACCUCACCACGGCCCUGCGCUGGGGCGGCCUCGGCGGUCUCCUCCGCCUCGACCUCUCCGGGAACCACCUGGCCCUGCUGCCCCCGGGGAUGUUCUCGCACAUCCCCAGCCUGCAGCAGCUUCUCCUGACCAACAACUCCCUGGAGGCGGUCUACGGCGGCACCUUCUCCGGCAUGGAUCACCUCAAGGUGCUGGACUUGACGCGCAACGGCUUCAGGACGUUCAGGGCCGACGCUCUGCAGGAGCUGGAGAGGCUGGGGAACGCCAGAAUCCGUCUGGGCGACAACCCCUACUCCUGCUCCUGCGAAAUCCACAGCUUUGUAGAGUGGCUGAAUAGAACGAGAGCCCAGGCGGAUACGGACGACGUGAAGUGUGCCUCGCCGGGCGAGUUGGCCAACGUCCGGCUGCGGGGGCUCAGCGUUGAGGCCGUGGGGUGCGUCGCCCCGGUCCUCGCAGAGGUCGCUGACCUCACCCUGCAGACGUCCUACGUCUUCUUGGGGCUGGUGCUGGGCUUUGUGGGCAUGGUCUUUCUCUUCGUGCUUUACCUGAAUCGCAAAGGCAUGAAGAAGUGGAUCACUGACAUGAGGGACGCGUGUCAGGACGUCCUGGAGGGGUAUCACUACCGGUACGAGAUCGACUCGGACCCUCGGCUGGGGCGCGUGGCGGCCGGCGGCGGCGGGGCGCAGAGGGACGUCAGGUUGUCUCUAUCUCAGGAGCUGCCGAACGACACCUGCAUCGUUCAGGCUCCCACAGACACACGAGUCAAACAGGUGACGUUAUCGCCGCCUGUAAACUCAUGAUCCUUCAUUAGAAUGCCUGAUGAAAGGUUAAAGCCAGGGGAUUUAUGAUCAGCAUUUGAUUUACUGUAACAUGCAUCAGUGAUCACCAGUUCAGAUGAAUCUGAAAUAAUUACAUUAUUAGAAAGUUAUUUGUUUUGUCAGUUAUUUCUCUAAUAAAUUGUUCCAACAUUUCAAAAAAAUUGGUCUGAUGUUUGGAAAUGUUCAAAUAUUUUGAAAUACCGUAUUUUUAAUUUUCAUUUAAACUAGGUAAUAAUGAAACAAAAAAGCCAUGAAUAUCUCGUUGUGUGUAAUAAAUGUGAACUUCAUCAAUAACUUUGUUUUUUGGAAUUUUUUAGAAACGUACCUGGAAGUCUCACCUUAAAAGUGCCUUUGAGUUGUUGAGGCACUGGAGUGUAAAUUAGUAAUAUGUGUUGUCAGACAUUUUUCUAAGAAUAUAGUCUACAUGGCCGAAUGGUGUUUGUUGAACGCAUUUUGUUUGCUUUUUUAUAUUUAGAACAUAACUUCAAAUAUCUUCAUACUACUAGAGAAACAUUAGUGGCAUAGAAAAAGUAUUUUACCCUUUAAGACCUAUUACUCAUAGAAAGUUUGUCAGUUUUAGAAUACUGUCCAUUAUUUAGUUGUGCACUUAUUAAUUAAUUAGAACUUCUUCUUGUGAUGAUUAUGUCUCAUUUAUG